AGCUUAAUCCACGGAUGGCCUUGUUUACGAAUUGUCACUAAUUGACGGGUUUACACGUGAGAGUUGGACUUGUCCGAACAUCGACUGUGUUCGACGGUCACCUAGCACAGUAGAGAUCGACUAGUUAAGUAGUCGAAGAGUGGUGUGUCAAAGGAUUGGAAUUCAGUUGUAAUCUAGUAGUUCUUUGGUGUCACAACUUUGGGUUUUUGGAGCUACAGUUUGUCAAUAUUUAUUCCAUUAGUAUUUGGAAAAUGUCAAACGCUCAUGACGAUCCCGGCAUUUCAGAGGCAGCCAUGGAUGCCUUCCUCAAAGAUGAGGGGCUAUUGGAAGAGGGCAUGGAUCGAAAACAAAAGAUUGAGGUUUAUAAAAUUUUAGAAAUUUCAAGGCACACCGCUUACAUGGAGGAAAAUCGACGCAGGGGCGCGGGCAUCCGCUAUGAGAGUAGCUCUCGAGGAGAUCAUGAUAUCCUAUAUCAGGGCAGCCGACAGGAGUCAUUCAAACCAUCUAUGGGUUCGUGUAGUUCACCGCAGCAUUCACAGGCUUCACUCCAGCAGCAUCAUCAGCAACAAGAAGGACAUUCCCACCAUUAUUCGCAUCGUCACCAUCAUCAACCACAGCAACAACCGCAACAGUCGCCCCGUCAAUAUCACAGGCAGCAGCAUCAACAGCAGCAGGAGUCUCAUCAGGCAUCUCAAACCCAGGAACCACCUGUUCGAGCACGCCGUAAGAAGGCCCUUAACAACCACAGCAAACAGGACUCGCUACCAACACCAGUGGUCGAACUACAGUUGAAUGCCGACGAUGAACUCAUACCUCCUGAAUUAAUCGAUCCUCGGUUAAAAGCGGGGCGAGAAACUAGUGGCGAAUCAAACGGUUUCAAUCCGAAAUUGGUUCUAUUUCUCAAACAAGAUGAAGAUCAGAAUCGAGGAAUGGCUAGGAUUGACGAAGCUCUCAAAAUGUCUCAUCAGUGUUUUUAUACAAACACGACAGAAACCGAGCAUGCAGUUUAGACGUAAAGCUGCUUCCGUAACGACAGCCACGUCUUGUUUCUAGAAAUACCAAAAUAUAUAAGCGAUGCGUUCGAUUAAUUAUUACUACAAUUAAUAAUGCUAUUGAAUAAAGGUGGCACGGUUACCGUGCUCACAUUGCAAUCAUAACAUGCGAAAAAUAAAGCUUCAGCUGCUGUUUCGUAUUUGCGCGUAAACAUAGUAUAAAAUGGUUACUUUCAUUCAAGUGUAACGUAUCACAGUGCGAAACAAAGCUAGCCGUCCGAAGCAAUACUUAGCAGUGGAACGGGACGUAAGACUUAAAUAUUUUAGUAAAAUAGCUUGUUAUUGUUGUCGCAGAAAAGCAUUUCCACCCUUACUACUUUUUUUACGGUUUGUUGGAAAAUUUCAGAUUUGCGAGGAUAAAUGGAAAUCAAAGUGUUUCACUAAUAA